UGGACUGAUGAUUUAUAUUUUUUCUUCUCUUUUCUGCAGGCAUAUGAUAAUCAUGGAAAUCGCAAAAAAUGUAAAUAAUGAGGAGAUCAAAAGGGUGUAAGUAAACUGGUUUUGCCAGUCAUUUCUGUCAGGUAUCUGUGAUAAAUUGUAAAGUUUUUCAUUUUUCUCUUGGUAAAUAUGGUACUCCAAUAAUUUUCUUACCCAGUGGCCUUUUAGUGUAUGGUGACUCUGCUCGUCUCUAAUUGUGCGCUUGCUCCGUUUCGGACUUUACACAAUUGAGCUGCGGCAGACCAGGAUUUGAUUACAUUACUGGAAACACCAUUAAUCUACACUGCAGACAAAUUCAAAAAUAUGAAGUUAUAGAAGGAGGGUUGGUUGGGUUACUUUGUAUGCUGUGUCUCUUUAUUGAUAUAUCCUGUCAAUUUGUCUUUACUUAAUAGAAAGUUGAUCACAAAAAAAAAAAAUAAGUUCAGAGUUGCAGCCUUUGUAAACAUGAGCGGCUAAUAAAGGAGUGUUUUUAGAUACCAUAGGCUGGCCUUGAUGUUUCUUCCACAGAAGGAACGAGACCUGGGGUUUCUGGAGAAGUUUGCUGAACUCGUGGAGGCCUAUGAUAUUUUAAAUGACUAUUUCAGCAUUGAAAAAGAAGAUAAUCUAACGACUGAAUUUGAUGGGAAGAAAAAACGUGAUCCUCCAAUUGUUAGAGACCUUUAUCUUUCAUUAGAAGAACUUUUUUAUGGAUGCACAAAAAAGAUUAGAAUAUCACGAAGGAUGCUGAACGAAGAUGGAGUCACCACCUGCUAUAGGAACAGAAUUUUAGUUGUGGAUAUCCAGCCUGGGUGGAAGGAAGGGACUAGAAUCACAUUCCCAGAAGAAGGUGAUCAGGGCCCAAAUAACAUUCCUGCUGACAUUGUGUUCAUUGUAAAGGAGAAGCUUCACCCUCGUUUCAGAAGAGAACAGAAUGAUCUGGUGUACACAACCCACAUCGACCUGGGAAAGAGUCUGACCGGCUUUUCUGUUGAAAUUGAGACUUUAGACAGCAGGCUUCUCAACAUUCCCAUCAAUGACAUUGUUCAUCCAAAUUAUGCCAAAAUCGUCACUGGUGAGGGAAUGCCGUUAUCCAAGGAUCCAGCACAGAAAGGAAACCUAAUAAUUCGGUUUGAAAUUCUUUUCCCUCACAGGAUACUUGCAGAAAAGAAACAGCUGAUAAAGCAAGCUCUUCUGCUUUAAACAAUAAUAAUAUGAAUGAUACGGAAGUCCUGGAGAAGGUAGCAUGAUCACUUCAUUAUUCCUUGUUAUUCCCCAAUUUCACCUUGUACUAUUAUUUCUUUUCUUUGCCACAUAUUCAGAUUUUGUCUGCACAUCAUGAGUGUCCAAUCCACUGACAUCAGUUAUGGGGUUAAGAUCAAAAUCAAAUCCAGGGCAGUGCAGGCAGUGUCUGUGCUGAGGAGUGGAGGGAUACUGACGGGCCUCUAUAGUUUGCCUUAUUCUUUGAUCUUUUCCCUUGUUUAGGUGGAUCAUUUCCUAGUUGCAGUAACUCCAGUCCUCUUUAAGAAUCGAUUGCGUUACUGAAUCUACUGCCAGUUGAAUACACAGAAAUGGCUGGCCUGAAGGACAAACUCCUUUUUAUGUCAUCAUUCUUUCCAUGUGAGUACUUCAUUUCACCUGCCUUACAGUUGAAAUGACCCGCUUGCUCAGUCAUCUUCAUUUCCUGAUGGGCAGCGUACCCUGCUGUCCUGAGUGACCACCAUUUCACCUCCACCACCACAACUAUGCUUCCUCACUGCAUGCAUUUGUGGUGUUUUGUGGCGUAGCCUCCAUACUGGAAUGU